AUGGCAAAUAACAAAGAAGCUGAUGAUGAGGGUGCCAGUCCUGCAGAGAGAGUUUCCGCUGCCUGCCGAGAAGAUAACGUAGAAGCUCUAGAGGAAGUCCUGACAGAUAUGGAAAACGCAAAGAAAACAAAUACUGAAAUUGCUGAAUUCUUCAAUGCCGUUACGGACCCUCUGGGAAAUCAUGCCCUCCAUAUCUGUGCGAUGCAUGGCAGUUACCACGCAGCAGACUUCCUCUUCGAUAUCGAAUUCUUCGAAUGCGACCCCAAAACCCGACUCGACAAAGAAACACCCCUCCACCUCGCUGCUCGCUACGCUAGCGAUAAAAGCCGAUACAAUUCCACCACCGACGCCAUCACGAUGAUAAAGAUGAUGUGCGAAGCGGGCUGUGACCCCCGUGUCCCGAAUAAGCGCGGCGACACCCCCUCCCGCUUGCCAGAUAUGGUGCCCGAAGAGGUGCGCAAGGAACUAAGGCGGGCGGAAUAUCUGCUUAAUGAGGGACUGGCGGCGCAGAAUGAUGCGGAUGAUGGCAGUGAAGGUGAAGGGGGGGAGGGUGAAAAUAGUGCGAGUGAUUCUGAAUGA